AUGGGUGAUUGUCCUGUAGUUGAGGUAUGCAUGGGAGGGGUGUUAGUUCCUUGCUUACUAGAUACAGGCUCUAUGGUCACUACUAUCACUGAAGGGUUUUUUUAUCAGCACUUUCAGUCUCUGUCUAGACCCUUACAGGAGUGUCGUUGGCUUCAGCUUAGAGCAGCAAAUGGCUUGGAGGUCCCAUAUAUUGGCUAUUUGGAGCUGGAUAUCCAAGUCUUAGGGAAACCGUUGGUUGGAAUGGGCGUUCUAGUGGUCCGAGAUCCCAUUGACCCUCAUAGUAAAGCCCAAAAGGCCAGGGUGCCUGGACUAUUGGGCAUGAAUGUGAUCAGUCAGUGUUAUCGUGAAUUGUUUCAACAACAUGGUUCUGCUCUGUUCCAGACCCCCUCUUUGCAGUCCGCUGGGGAUGUGUGGAGGCAAGCUUUGAAGGAGUGUCAUCAGCUAGAUUGUCUGCCACUUAGUGGCCGCCUGGGUCCAGUGAAGGUAGCAGGUCGGACGUCUGUCCGCAUUCCCGCAGGCUCAGUCAAACUAGUGGAAGCAGUUGGCAAUCAGCAGGUGGGGUCGUCAGUGCAGUCAGUGUUGCUGGAGCCAGGGAGCAGUAAGUUGCCACCAGGUAUUUUACUCUCUAGAGCAUACCUUUCUUUUAAUAGGGGACAGCUCUAUGUGCCAGUAGUCAAUGUGGAGUCCCGGGAUGUGUGGCUACCUCCGCGCACUGUGUUGGGAAUUAUAUUUUGUGUAGAAUCACAGGCUAAUACUGAAAGGGUGAUUUUCGAAGAGCGGGAAGGAAAUCAAGAGAAUGUUGCUGUUAUGCGGUCCUUGUGUGCCGAAGGUCAACCAUUGGAUCUGUCCAAUCUUUCUUGGCCUACUUUGUCCCUAGCUCAGGAACAGGAGGGUAAAGCUUUACUGCGACAGUAUAGUGAGGUUUUUAGCCAAGGUGAAGGUGAUAUUGGUUGUACCACCUUGAUCCAACAUGAAAUCCCAUUGACUGAUGAUGCCCCUGUUCGCCAGCGUUAUCGCAGGCUUCCCCCAUCCCAGUAUGAACAAGUUAAGGCACACAUUCAAGAUCUUCUACAGAGAGAAGUUGUGCGGGUGAGCUGUAGUCCCUAUUCCUCCCCAAUUGUUGUGGUUCAAAAAAAGGAUGGCACCCUGCGUUUGUGUGUCGACUAUAGGCAGCUGAAUGCCAAGACAAGAAAAGAUGCUUACCCAUUACCACGGAUUGAGGAAUCAUUGGAUGCUUUGGCUGGUGCUAAAUUGUUUUCCACUCUUGAUUUGACCAGUGGCUAUAAUCAAGUUCCUAUGGCCGAAGAAGACAAACAGAAAACUGCUUUCUGCACCCCUUUUGGCUUAUUCGAAUUUAAUCGGAUGCCGUUCGGGCUCUGCAACGCACCAAGUACCUUCCAACGACUUAUGGAACGUGUUUUUGGAGAUGAACGCUUCCAAUCCUUGUUAUUAUACUUGGAUGACAUUGUGAUCUUCUCUUCCACUUUUGACUCCCAUCUAGAGCGUUUGCAAAUGGUUUUGGGAAGACUACAACAGCACAAUUUGAAGCUAAAAUUGGAAAAGUGUAAUUUCUUUCAGAAUGAAGUUCGCUACCUGGGUCAUGUGAUUUCUGCCUCAGGGGUAGCAACCGAUCCGGAUAAAAUAACUGCUGUGUCAGAGUGGAAGCGUCCAACGACAGUAAAAGAGCUUCGUUCUUUCCUUGGGUUUGCUUCGUAUUACAGGCGAUUUGUUGACAAGUUUGCAAAGUAUGCUGCACCACUUCACCAGCUAGUGGGCGCCCUUCAGAAGACAAAGUCAAAACCAGGAGUAAAAUUUCUACAGGGACAUUGGAGUGACAAAUGCGAGGAGGCAUUUAACUUGCUCAAAGACAAGUUGGUGACAGCACCUGUGUUGGCAUAUGCAGAUUUUGCCAAACCUUUCCUCUUAGAAGUAGAUGCGAGUCAUAUGGGGCUGGGUGCAGUGUUGUCACAAGAACAAGAGGGGAAGAGACGUCCUGUGGCAUAUGCAAGUAGAGGGUUGCAUCCUACUGAGAGAAACAUGUCUAACUACAGCUCCAUGAAAUUGGAGCUCUUGGGAUUGAAGUGGGCAGUCACCGAAAAAUUCAGAGAAUACUUGUUGGGGGCGAAGUUCACUGUAUUCACUGAUAACAACCCGCUGAGCUACCUUCAGACUGCUAAACUGGGAGCUGUUGAACAACGUUGGGCCUCACAAUUGGCUCUCUUCAAUUUUGAAGUUAAGUACCGCCCUGGAUCUGCAAAUAGGGCUGCUGAUGCUCUUUCUAGGCAAUCUGACUUGUCUGCACCUUCCCACAUUGAAGAGAUUGCUCCAGGGGUCUCUGUUCCACUCACUGGCUUGGGUCUGCCUGUUGUGCAUCAAUGUGUUGGUUCUUCCUGCAGCGUGGAUGCCUUACCAACACGACAAAAAGCCGAUUUAAAAGCCCUUCAGUUAGCUGAUUCAACAAUUGGCGCCUUUCUUGUCUAUUGGAGACGUGGCCGCCCCCCUUCUCCCGAAGAGCGAGCAGUGGAGACAAAGACAGUAUUAGACCUGGUCAAACAAUGGAAACAGAUAAGAGACCAAGAAGGUGUGUUGUACCGCUUGACCCACAGGCCGGGGGAAUAUACAGAACUGCUGCAGUUGUUGCUACCAGAAGCCUUACAGCCAGAGGUGUUAACUGCUCUUCAUGACAAUCAUGGUCACCAGGGGUGCGAACGUACAGCAUAUCUUGUUCGGCAGAGGUGCUAUUGGCCCCAAAUGGGUAGAGACAUUGAAAAAUGGGUUCAGCAGUGUGCUCGCUGCGUGGCAGCAAAAGCCAUACUCCCUAAGGUACGAACUUUCCCAGGUCACUUGUCUGCCUCCAAGCCCCUAGAGAUUUUGGCCAUAGACUUCACUCUGCUUGAAAAGGCCAGUGAUGGUCGAGAGAAUGUUCUGGUGGUGACCGAUGUUUUCUCCAAAUUUACUCAGGCAUUCCCUACUUAUGAUCAAAAGGCAAGCACAGUAGUACGCAUCCUGACCGAGAAGUGGUUUCAUGUGUAUGGGGUGCCUCAACGGAUACAUUCUGACCAAGGCCGUUGCUUUGAAGGAGAGAUGCUAAGGGCAUUGUGUCAGCUCUAUGGGGUGGUGAAAAGUAGAUCAAGUCCCUAUCAUCCAGAAGGUAAUGGGCAGUGUGAGAGGUUUAAUCGUACCAUGCACGAUUUGUUAAGAACUUUGCCAGCGGAGAAGAAACGAAGGUGGUCGCAUCAUCUACCCCAGUUACUGUUCGCCUACAAUACUACGGUGCAUCAAUCAACAGGCCAUUCCCCAUAUGAACUGAUGUUUGGAAGGAAACCCCAACUACCCAUUGAUGCCCUGCUGGGUACUGUGGCGGAGGAAAUGGUGGAAGGUACAGUAGGAGAUUGGGUACAAGAGCAACAAGAAUUUCUCCAGUUUGCUUAUGCAAGUGCAGAGCGGCAACUGAAGAUGGCAGCUAGGCGACGGGAACCAACAGCGCAGGGGUUUGCUCCCAUACUUCCAAAUGGGACCAUAGUGUACAGGAAGAAUCACACGCAUGGUCGAAAUAAGAUCCAAGAUGUCUGGGAUAGUACGCCAUAUGAAGUGGUACGGUGUUUGGACGAAAGUGGACGGGUUUACACCAUAUGUCCAGUGGGUGCCAUAGGUCCCACUCGGAACUUUCACAGAACUGAGCUAAGAGUAGUCCCUAGACGAGUUGUGCCUGUAGUCGGUGCCGAGACUGAAAGCCCAAGCCUUGUCGAACCAAGGAAGGAUUCCUGUGAAGAAAGUGGCAGUGAAGAAGCAGAUGAUUCCGAUCGUGGUCAGUGGGCGGUGAAACAAGUAGUCAUCCCCGAACCAGAGGUGGAUGCUGUCCAGCAGGAGAGGGAGUUGCCCUCAGCACCUGCAUCAGUGUCUUUAAGGCGUUCAGCACGUAAAACAGCAGGCCAGCAUUCUAAUCCACACAACCUCCCUCGAGCAGUGGCCCCUCAACAUGAGGACUUGGGGACUGCAGCUCAGCCCACACUUAGCACUGUACAAUGUUUUUUUAGACCUUGCCCUAGGCCCAUUACCAAUGCUGACCACCUGGUGCGGGACCAGUUCAUUGAGCAUGUUCGAGAUGGUAUGCUCCGGAGGGAGCUAAAACGUACCGUAAGGCUUAACCCUGAUAUUUCUUUCUUGGCUGUUCGCAGUGAUGCCAUUCGUUGGGUGGAAGAAGCCACAGGAAAACUAAUACCCGCUGUUGUUGAGGGCCAAGCAUCAGAUGGGGUUAGGGUAGGCUCAAAAUUGCACUCAAGUAAAUUAUCUAAGUUGAUGGGUGAUUGUCCUGUAGUUGAGGUAUGCAUGGGAGGGGUGUUAGUUCCUUGCUUACUAGAUACAGGCUCUAUGGUCACUACUAUCACUGAAGGGUUUUUUUAUCAGCACUUUCAGUCUCUGUCUAGACCCUUACAGGAGUGUCGUUGGCUUCAGCUUAGAGCAGCAAAUGGCUUGGAGGUCCCAUAUAUUGGCUAUUUGGAGCUGGAUAUCCAAGUCUUAGGGAAACCGUUGGUUGGAAUGGGCGUUCUAGUGGUCCGAGAUCCCAUUGACCCUCAUAGUAAAGCCCAAAAGGCCAGGGUGCCUGGACUAUUGGGCAUGAAUGUGAUCAGUCAGUGUUAUCGUGAAUUGUUUCAACAACAUGGUUCUGCUCUGUUCCAGACCCCCUCUUUGCAGUCCGCUGGGGAUGUGUGGAGGCAAGCUUUGAAGGAGUGUCAUCAGCUAGAUUGUCUGCCACUUAGUGGCCGCCUGGGUCCAGUGAAGGUAGCAGGUCGGACGUCUGUCCGCAUUCCCGCAGGCUCAGUCAAACUAGUGGAAGCAGUUGGCAAUCAGCAGGUGGGGUCGUCAGUGCAGUCAGUGUUGCUGGAGCCAGGGAGCAGUAAGUUGCCACCAGGUAUUUUACUCUCUAGAGCAUACCUUUCUUUUAAUAGGGGACAGCUCUAUGUGCCAGUAGUCAAUGUGGAGUCCCGGGAUGUGUGGCUACCUCCGCGCACUGUGUUGGGAAUUAUAUUUUGUGUAGAAUCACAGGCUAAUACUGAAAGGGUGAUUUUCGAAGAGCGGGAAGGAAAUCAAGAGAAUGUUGCUGUUAUGCGGUCCUUGUGUGCCGAAGGUCAACCAUUGGAUCUGUCCAAUCUUUCUUGGCCUACUUUGUCCCUAGCUCAGGAACAGGAGGGUAAAGCUUUACUGCGACAGUAUAGUGAGGUUUUUAGCCAAGGUGAAGGUGAUAUUGGUUGUACCACCUUGAUCCAACAUGAAAUCCCAUUGACUGAUGAUGCCCCUGUUCGCCAGCGUUAUCGCAGGCUUCCCCCAUCCCAGUAUGAACAAGUUAAGGCACACAUUCAAGAUCUUCUACAGAGAGAAGUUGUGCGGGUGAGCUGUAGUCCCUAUUCCUCCCCAAUUGUUGUGGUUCAAAAAAAGGAUGGCACCCUGCGUUUGUGUGUCGACUAUAGGCAGCUGAAUGCCAAGACAAGAAAAGAUGCUUACCCAUUACCACGGAUUGAGGAAUCAUUGGAUGCUUUGGCUGGUGCUAAAUUGUUUUCCACUCUUGAUUUGACCAGUGGCUAUAAUCAAGUUCCUAUGGCCGAAGAAGACAAACAGAAAACUGCUUUCUGCACCCCUUUUGGCUUAUUCGAAUUUAAUCGGAUGCCGUUCGGGCUCUGCAACGCACCAAGUACCUUCCAACGACUUAUGGAACGUGUUUUUGGAGAUGAACGCUUCCAAUCCUUGUUAUUAUACUUGGAUGACAUUGUGAUCUUCUCUUCCACUUUUGACUCCCAUCUAGAGCGUUUGCAAAUGGUUUUGGGAAGACUACAACAGCACAAUUUGAAGCUAAAAUUGGAAAAGUGUAAUUUCUUUCAGAAUGAAGUUCGCUACCUGGGUCAUGUGAUUUCUGCCUCAGGGGUAGCAACCGAUCCGGAUAAAAUAACUGCUGUGUCAGAGUGGAAGCGUCCAACGACAGUAAAAGAGCUUCGUUCUUUCCUUGGGUUUGCUUCGUAUUACAGGCGAUUUGUUGACAAGUUUGCAAAGUAUGCUGCACCACUUCACCAGCUAGUGGGCGCCCUUCAGAAGACAAAGUCAAAACCAGGAGUAAAAUUUCUACAGGGACAUUGGAGUGACAAAUGCGAGGAGGCAUUUAACUUGCUCAAAGACAAGUUGGUGACAGCACCUGUGUUGGCAUAUGCAGAUUUUGCCAAACCUUUCCUCUUAGAAGUAGAUGCGAGUCAUAUGGGGCUGGGUGCAGUGUUGUCACAAGAACAAGAGGGGAAGAGACGUCCUGUGGCAUAUGCAAGUAGAGGGUUGCAUCCUACUGAGAGAAACAUGUCUAACUACAGCUCCAUGAAAUUGGAGCUCUUGGGAUUGAAGUGGGCAGUCACCGAAAAAUUCAGAGAAUACUUGUUGGGGGCGAAGUUCACUGUAUUCACUGAUAACAACCCGCUGAGCUACCUUCAGACUGCUAAACUGGGAGCUGUUGAACAACGUUGGGCCUCACAAUUGGCUCUCUUCAAUUUUGAAGUUAAGUACCGCCCUGGAUCUGCAAAUAGGGCUGCUGAUGCUCUUUCUAGGCAAUCUGACUUGUCUGCACCUUCCCACAUUGAAGAGAUUGCUCCAGGGGUCUCUGUUCCACUCACUGGCUUGGGUCUGCCUGUUGUGCAUCAAUGUGUUGGUUCUUCCUGCAGCGUGGAUGCCUUACCAACACGACAAAAAGCCGAUUUAAAAGCCCUUCAGUUAGCUGAUUCAACAAUUGGCGCCUUUCUUGUCUAUUGGAGACGUGGCCGCCCCCCUUCUCCCGAAGAGCGAGCAGUGGAGACAAAGACAGUAUUAGACCUGGUCAAACAAUGGAAACAGAUAAGAGACCAAGAAGGUGUGUUGUACCGCUUGACCCACAGGCCGGGGGAAUAUACAGAACUGCUGCAGUUGUUGCUACCAGAAGCCUUACAGCCAGAGGUGUUAACUGCUCUUCAUGACAAUCAUGGUCACCAGGGGUGCGAACGUACAGCAUAUCUUGUUCGGCAGAGGUGCUAUUGGCCCCAAAUGGGUAGAGACAUUGAAAAAUGGGUUCAGCAGUGUGCUCGCUGCGUGGCAGCAAAAGCCAUACUCCCUAAGGUACGAACUUUCCCAGGUCACUUGUCUGCCUCCAAGCCCCUAGAGAUUUUGGCCAUAGACUUCACUCUGCUUGAAAAGGCCAGUGAUGGUCGAGAGAAUGUUCUGGUGGUGACCGAUGUUUUCUCCAAAUUUACUCAGGCAUUCCCUACUUAUGAUCAAAAGGCAAGCACAGUAGUACGCAUCCUGACCGAGAAGUGGUUUCAUGUGUAUGGGGUGCCUCAACGGAUACAUUCUGACCAAGGCCGUUGCUUUGAAGGAGAGAUGCUAAGGGCAUUGUGUCAGCUCUAUGGGGUGGUGAAAAGUAGAUCAAGUCCCUAUCAUCCAGAAGGUAAUGGGCAGUGUGAGAGGUUUAAUCGUACCAUGCACGAUUUGUUAAGAACUUUGCCAGCGGAGAAGAAACGAAGGUGGUCGCAUCAUCUACCCCAGUUACUGUUCGCCUACAAUACUACGGUGCAUCAAUCAACAGGCCAUUCCCCAUAUGAACUGAUGUUUGGAAGGAAACCCCAACUACCCAUUGAUGCCCUGCUGGGUACUGUGGCGGAGGAAAUGGUGGAAGGUACAGUAGGAGAUUGGGUACAAGAGCAACAAGAAUUUCUCCAGUUUGCUUAUGCAAGUGCAGAGCGGCAACUGAAGAUGGCAGCUAGGCGACGGGAACCAACAGCGCAGGGGUUUGCUCCCAUACUUCCAAAUGGGACCAUAGUGUACAGGAAGAAUCACACGCAUGGUCGAAAUAAGAUCCAAGAUGUCUGGGAUAGUACGCCAUAUGAAGUGGUACGGUGUUUGGACGAAAGUGGACGGGUUUACACCAUAUGUCCAGUGGGUGCCAUAGGUCCCACUCGGAACUUUCACAGAACUGAGCUAAGAGUAGUCCCUAGACGAGUUGUGCCUGUAGUCGGUGCCGAGACUGAAAGCCCAAGCCUUGUCGAACCAAGGAAGGAUUCCUGUGAAGAAAGUGGCAGUGAAGAAGCAGAUGAUUCCGAUCGUGGUCAGUGGGCGGUGAAACAAGUAGUCAUCCCCGAACCAGAGGUGGAUGCUGUCCAGCAGGAGAGGGAGUUGCCCUCAGCACCUGCAUCAGUGUCUUUAAGGCGUUCAGCACGUAAAACAGCAGGCCAGCAUUCUAAUCCACACAACCUCCCUCGAGCAGUGGCCCCUCAACAUGAGGACUUGGGGACUGCAGCUCAGCCCACACUUAGCACUGUACAAUGUUUUUUUAGACCUUGGUGAUUGUUGUGGCACCGCGUAGUCACCGGGACGGUGACUUUUUAAAGUGGGGGUGGAUGUAGCGGGUAGAGCUGUGGGGAAGAUUUUAAUUAAUAUUUCCUAGUGUUGCCCUAUAGAUUCCAUUAGGUGAGGUGUAGAGGGGAGGACUCUUAUUUUGACAGUCCCUGAUGGGUAGAGCAGGACCUCAUGCUGCGUAUAGUCUCACGGAACCAUAGAUUCCUCUAGGUAGAGGGGAGGACUUUUAUUUUGAUAGCUACUGAUUGGCAGAACAGGAUUCUGCGCUGCUUAUAGUCUCGCGGGACCAGCACGAAGUAGCGUUUGGUCUCGUGGCGACAGGUACAAGCUCCGGUCGGAAAGCUCCAGCUCGUGGGAAAGCUGCUUUAAAAGAACUCUGUGGGAGAUAGUUUUAUUGUGCUUACUGACUGGAAAGGAUUAAAGGAACACCUGGAGGGUGUAUCAAGGGGCACUGUGUGCGUGAGAGGAAUCCAUAGUUGAAGCAGGUAUGGGUUGUUUUUAAUAUUGUAUUGUGGUAGUUUGAAUUACAGUGGACUUUACUAGAUUUAGGGGGUGUACUGGACAUAAAUAUUAAAAGUUUACUAAGCUUACUCAAUUUUCAGUAUAUUAAAAGAAAGUUUGUUUUAUCUUAGUGAAUGUGGGAGCUCCAGGAAUCAGCUGGGGGUGUGUAGCUGCUGAGUGGUGGGUAAAGUUUGCUUUACUGAAUUACUGUAGGUGGAAGAGGUAGCUAACUGUGUGUUUAUGCUUUUAUAUAGCGUUUGUAUUGAUGCUGAAGGUGCUGUGAAGGCGAUUGAGUUCUGGCUUCCGCAUUUACGACUGAUUGGUAUGUAUUAUCUGACUGGAUACUUUAUUUAUGCAGUAAAAAGUAACUAAUACAGUCAAUGAGUGGAGUGGCUAACUUUUAUUUAUGUUUUAGGAGUGACCGAAAAAGGCCAAUGAUAGUAGCCACUGUUUUUCUCUCAAAAUCUUCUCUUACAUCUUCUCCCGGGUUUUAGGAUUGUAUCUUUACAUCUAAAUAAUUUUUAGAGUUUAAAUUAAAAUAAAAUUAUGGUUUUAGUGAUUUAACAUAGGCUUUUUGGCCCAGGGUUGCCAUACUUCCUCAUAGAACCAUUAUCUGGUGCCUUCCAGUACAGCUUCAACGAGUACAUUAACUUGAUUUAUGGGAAGUAACUGGUCCUUUUGGUUUAGAGCUUCAGCCCCUUAUUGAUAUAUUUACUUUGUAGUGUUAUGGUUUUGUGCACAUUUUAAUUUGAGUGUAUUUCGCUUUGUUUGCAGUGUGGUUUAUUAUUAUUAUUAUUAUUAUCAUUAUUUUCUUCUUUUUGGGUUUUCUUUUAUUUAUUUUGUGUGCUAAUUAAUGGGUGGCUUGAAGCCUGACUUAAUCGGCAAAUUUACUAAAUCCUUCAGUUUUACCAAGUGAAAGUACAUAGACUAUUGAGAUCAGUGUUAUAGCCCAGCUUGAAGCCUGACUUAAUCGGCAAAUUUACUAAAUCCUUCAGUUUUACCAAGUGAAAGUACAUAGACUAUUGAGAUCAGUGUUAUAGCCCAGCUUGAAGCCUGACUUAAUCGGCAAAUUUACUAAAUCCUUCAGUUUUACCAAGUGAAAGUACAUAGACUAUUGAGAUCAGUGUUAUAGCCCAGAUUGAAGCCUUAUUUAAUAGACGAAUUUAUUAAAUCAUUAAGUGUUACCAAGUGAAAGUACUUAGAUAAUUGGGAUCAGUGUUAUAGGCCCAAAUUAUAAUGCUCGUGAAGUCUUAUAUUGGGUGAUUUUAUGGAAAACAGUGAUUUGUAUGAGUGUCCUGAAAGAAAUGUUUAAAAAUUGUUAAUCCCUUGCUGUGGUCAGUUUUGUAUAACCACUAGCGUUUUAAGAGAAGGUGAUUGGUCUGGUUUAAUGUAUCUGUUUUAAACAAAAUAAUAAAUGUGUUCUGUAAACCUCA